AUGGAGGCGAACCCGGAGGAUGAGCCGGCGCUACCAGCCGCUGUGCUGUGCUCCGGGCUGGGCCUCGGUGUCCCUCCGGUGUUCGGUGAGCAGAUGUUGGAGCUGUACCGGGUCCUGACGGCGGCGCUGAGGCGGCGGCGGGAGCGGGAGAUGAUGGAGCGAGAGCGGCGGCGGCGGCAGUACCUGCGGAGGAGGAGAGCCUUCCUGCUGUCCUCCAUCGCGGCUGCGCUCAGCCUCCUCUCCUCCACCAGCAGGCUGGUCUGGGUCCGGACCCGCAGCACCGGACAGAACCUGUGGGAGGCGGCGGAGGCCUUCGACGACGAGGAGUGGAAGGCGCAGUUCCGCGUGUCGCGAGCCACCUUCGACUACCUGGUCGAACUGAUCGGUUCGGCGAUCAAACGUCGCCGGACGAACUACCGCGUCCCCAUCGAGCCGCGCCGCCGGCUGGCCAUCGCCCUGUGGUGGUUCGCCCGGUCCGGGGAGUACCGCUCCAUCGCCGACAUGUUCUGCGUGGGGAUCGCCACCGUGUGUGUGAUCGUGCGCCAGGUGUCCUCCGCCAUCGUGGAGCGGCUCUUUCACCGCUUCGUGUCGCUGCCGAGCGGCCCGCGGCUGGACGACACGCUCCGGGCCUUCAAGGACCGCUGCUACCCGCAGUGCGCCGGGGCCAUCGGCGGGACCCACAUCCCCAUAGCUCCACCCAGAGACAACCCCGACCACUACAUCAACAAGAGGGGCUGGCACUCCGUGAUCCUGCAGGCUGUGGUGGACCACAACGUCUGGUGUUUCUGUCGCAGCUUCACUGAUGUGUACGCGGGCUGGCCCGGGAGCAGCAGCAGCGCCGCGGUCCUGUCCAGCUCAGACCUGUACCUGAAGGCCGAGGACCGCCCAGACGGUUACCUGUUCCCCAGAGAGAGGUCGAUCCUGUCUGAGGGCGUGGAGGUCCCAGUCCACCUGGUGGGCGACGCCUCCUUCCCUCUGAGGCCCUGGCUGAUGAAGGGAUACAGUGAGGAGCAGCAGCUGUCUCCAGAGCAGCGCCGCUUCACCUACACCCUGUCCUCGGCCCGCUCCGUGGUCGACACCGCCUUCACCCGGCUGAAAGGACGCUGGAGGUGUCUGCUGAAGAAGAGCGACAUCGACGUCUCCAUGAUGCCGCGGAUCGUGGCCGCCUGCUGUGUCCUGCACAACAUCUGUGAGCUCCAAGGAGACGGCUUCCUCCCGGAGUGGAACGUGGAGAUGGCUCCGUCAGGAAGUUACCUGAGACAGCCGGAGGUGGAGCCGUGUGAAGGAGACUCGUACUGCAGCGCAGAGGUCAUCAGAGACACCAUCACCUACAACCUGCUGACCAUCCUGCAGUACUGAGCACAGCUGUCACAGCUGGAACUGGAUCCUGGUUCACACUCAGACCAGUAAGCCUGAGUGAAACCCAAAGAGAGCAGGUUGACUCACUGAUCUGAGCCCUGCUCAGGGUUCAGUCUCACACUGAUGGAGGACAUGCGAAGAAACUUCCUUAAACAAUCAUGAGGAAAAUUAACGAUUAUGGAUGAAUCCUUAUUUUUUAUAAGCGCCUGUGGCAGAAAACAGGCUGAUGUGUUUUCCCUUCAUGAAAUCUUGAUUUAUUAUAAGUUACAGCCCAACAACAAUCCUCAGCCUUUAAAGCUAAACUGACUGGAGCUAAAAACUGAGACUCAUUUAUUUCAUGACUUCCUGUUUGGAACAGUUCUGUGACAGCUCAGUUUAACCUGUUAGAGUCUAACAGCGCCUCCUGCUGGUCACUGCCACACUGUGAACAUCACUAUGUUGCUUCAAGACACACAACACGACCUCACUGACACAAACGUAUUAUUUAUACGUUUAAGUCCAUGUGAUCGAUAAUGAUCGAUCAUGGAUUCUGUUUGUAGCCUGAAGCACAAGUACACUUUUAUGUUACUUGUACUUGCUGCUGUUUACUGUUAAAGUACACAAGAGAAAUUCUUACUGCACCACAUGUAUCUGACAGCUGCAGUUACAUUUUAAAUAAAAACGUGAUGAGUUUAUUAAA